UAAAUUGUUAUGUCAUCGCUUAAUGCUUCUUAUCUUUGGGAUCAUUGUAAAGUCCUAAAGUUAACUAAGAACAUGCGUCUGCUCUCCAAUGAUUUGAGUGUUACUGAAGCUAAGGACAUCGAAGAGUUUUCAGAUUGGCUAUUAGCUGUUGGAGAUGGUAGGAUUUCUAUACCUAAUGAUGGUGAGGCUAUCAUUGAUAUUCCCAAUGAAUUUCUUAUGACAGAAGCAGAGAAUCCAAUACAUGCAAUUAGCAUGGAGAUUUAUGGCAAUCCAGCAACUUGGAAAGAUGAAGAAAAUUCCAAAUUCUUUCAGAGAAGAGCCAUUUUAGCACCAACAAACGAUGAUGUGAACACAAUCAAUCAAUAUAUGCUAGAGAUGCUAGAAACUGAGGAGAGACUGUAUUUGAGUGCUGAUAGCAUUGAUCCUACUGAUUCAGAUUCACUUUCCAAUCCUGUGAUUACACCUGAUUUCUUAAAUAGCAUCAAGAUAUCUGGGUUGCCUCAUCAUAAUUUGCGGCUGAAAAUUGGAGCUCCAGUUAUGCUGCUUCGUAACAUUGAUCAUAAGGGUGGGCUAUGUAAUGGAACAAGACUUCAAAUAACACAGAUGGCUAAUCAUGUUGUGGAAGCGAGAGUAAUCACAGGUGAUAGAGCAGGUGAUAUUGUUUUGAUUCCUAAAAUUGAUUUGACUCCAUCAAAUACCAAGUUGCCUUUCAAAAUGCGUCGCAGACAGUUUCCACUUUCUGUUGCAUUCGCCAUGACUAUAAAUAAAAGUCAAGGCCAAUCGCUAGAGAAGGUGGGACUUUAUUUGCCAAAACCUGUGUUCUCCCAUGGUCAGCUAUAUGUUGCUUUAUCUAGGGUUACUUCUAAGAAGGGAUUGAAGAUUUUGAUUCUCAACAAAGAAGGCAAGAUAGAAAGACAGACCACUAAUGUGGUUUUCAAAGAGGUGUUUCAGAAUUUGGAAUAA